CACUUGGCCUUCAGUGUUAGUCCAUUCGUGUGAAAAUUUUCUUGUUCUUUUACUUUUAAAAAAUCAAUUAAGAUCUGAAAUGGUGGACACAUGAAGCUUCCAAAACAAACAUACUGCAAUCUUUUCAUAAUAUUUUCAUUAUGAAGUUUACUUUUUGUGUUUGUCCCUGUGGGUAGAGUUUAUUCAAGAAAGCUAAACACUCUGCAUGUGUUGCGAGCUAGCUGUCUUCAAUCUGCCCCUAUUCUUGUCGUGGCUACUGUAUUGGGGAUUGAUCCAACUAAAGCGACGAUCGAUUCCCUGAGCGAUUAUACUGUGAAUUGAAUCCGACGAUUCCGUUCCUUGAGAUUCGGUCUUCUUCAUUGAGGUUGAGAGAGUCUGAAUUUAGGUUAAUAGCAUCUGCAUUUUGGAGCUUGACAGUGAAUCGAUGCUUAAGGAGAUCACAUUAAUGGGAUUUCUGGCAUGGGGAAUUCGUGCCAUGAUCCGUGCUCCACCUCCGAAAAUUUGUGGUUCUCCCGGUGGUCCUCCUGUCGCGGCGCCAAGAGUAAAGUUGAGAGAUGGCAGGCAUUUGGCUUACAAAGAACACGGCGUACCAAGAGAAUUAGCAAAACACAAGAUCAUCUUCGUUCAUGGCAUUUCGUCUUGCAGACACGAUGCGGUCAUUGCAACUCAACUUUCUCCGGAAUUGAUUGAGGAACUAGGGGUGUAUAUUGUGUCAUUUGACAAACCAGGGUAUGGAGAAAGUGAUCCUGAUCCAAAACAAACUGUGAAGAGUCUAGCUUUGGAUAUACAAGAUUUGGCUGAUAAGCUGGAGCUUGGAUCCAAAUUCUUUGUGGUUGGCAGAUCUAUGGGAGGCCAAACUGUUUGGGGUACUCUCAAAUACAUUCCGCACAGGCUAGCAGGAGCAGCAUUACUCUGCCCUGUUGUGAACUAUUGGUGGCCUGGGUUUCCUGCAAGUUUGUCGAAAGCAGCUUACUACCAACAGCUACCCCAGGAUCAAUGGGCGCUGCGGGUUGCUCACUAUGCUCCAUGGCUUGUCUACUGGUGGAACACCCAGAAAUUAUUUCCAGCAUCUGCAGUUUUUGCUCGUAGGCCUGAAAUUUUCUCACGUCGGGAUAAGGAACUUCUGUCGAAAUUUGCCGAUCAGAGGAAAAAAUACAAGGCAGAGGUAACUCAGCAAGGAGUGUAUGAAUCCAUGCAUCGAGCGAUGAUGAUUGGAUUUGGGCGAUGGGAAUUUGAUCCCAUGGAACUGCAGAAUCCAUUUCCAAACAAGGAAGGAUCUGUUCACUUAUGGCAUGGAGAUGAAGAUGGUUUUGUGCCAUUCAUCCUGCAAAAGUACAUUGCUAAAAGACUCCCGUGGAUUGAGUUCCAUGAGGUCCGCGGUGGUGGACACUAUUUUUCGGAUGCAGAGGGGAUGGCUGAAGCUAUCAUAAGGACCCUGUUAUAUGGACGGAAGUAGCACAAUACAUAUAUACUUUCACUUAUCUUUUUCUUUUCUCUUUCUUGAGGUACUUUAUGAAUCCUUAUUUGGGUUUAUAUAUUUAGAACAUGCCUCAAAGUAUUCUAGUUCAAGUGGCUGUUAUCAGUCAUGAAAACGAUGGAAUGAA